AUGAAAAAAAAAUCCAACCGCCACCACCAUCACCUCCACAUUCUCCUCAUCAUAUCCGCCGUCCUAUCCUCCGCCGCGGACGACAGUGCGGCGAUCCAGAAGCUAGCUUCCGGCUUCCGUAAUGCUCCCAAAGGGUGGUCGUCAACCUCGACAAACAACUAUUGUAACUGGCACGGCAUAAGCUGUGAUAAAUCCAACCGUGUCACUUCCAUCAGCUUGGCUUCCAAAUCAGUGUCCCGCAUCCUCCCGCUGGAGAUCGCCGACUUAUCGGAACUUCGAAGCGUAUCGCUCCAACUCACUGUCCGGCGACAUCCCAUCGUUCGGCGACUUAUCGAACUUACAAAACAUCUUUCUCGAUUCCAAUGGCUUCACUUCAAUCACCCCAAAUGCAUUCGCCGGAUUAUCAAGCAUUCAAACGUUGAGUUUGAACAAAAACCCGAAGCUCCGUCCAUGGAGUUUCCCCAACAUAUCAGAAUUAACGACCAUCGUCGAGCUCGGAGUCUGCAACACCAACAUCCACGGAACCUUGCCCGACCCCUCUUGCUAUCAUGCUACAGUGCGCCAGCAUCCUACAACAGUUUGAACGGCACAUUGCCACCUUCUCUCAGCGGUUCAAUGAUCCAAAACUUAUGGAUCAACAAUCAAAACACCGGCUACGGUUUCACCGGUACAUUAAAUGUUUUAUCCAACAUGACAGAGUUGACUCAGGUUUGGGUUCAUGUCAACUCGUUCACCGGUCCGAUCCCGGAUUUGUCUAAAUGUAAAAGUCUAUUCGAUUUACAGGUUAGAGAUAACCAGUUGACAGGUCCAGUUCCGAACUCGCUGCUUAAACUUUCGAGUUUGAAGAAUGUUUCAUUGGAAAAUAAUAAAUUGCAGGGUCCUUUCCCCAAGUUUGAUGUCACAGUUGUGAAAGCUCAAAUCAAUGGGAACAACAAUUUCUGUAACACCUAUGGAGCUCCUUGUGAUCCUCAAGUUUCGAUGUUGAUCGAGAUCGCUGGGGGUUUCAAGUACCCGGUUUUGCUUUCGGAUAGUUGGGAGGGGAACGAUGCUUGUCAAAUGUCCUUCGUCACAUGUGAUUCACAAAAGAGUGUGAUCACAGUGAAUCUUGCCAACAAAGGUUUGUCAUGUUAG